GACGUUCCCCUGGUGACGUCACGGCGCAAAGUCCGCUGCUGACGUGUAGGUAGGGGAAGCGGCUGUCUGUAGCCACUGCUAGCUGCUAGCCACUCAAUGUAACAAAUAGCGUUUGUCAUUGACAGCUCAUCAUGAAAUCAUUGAAAUCAGCGUCUAGCUUCAUAACUGAGUAAAAGCGAGACACAAAGCGGCACUGUUAGACACACAGGUAGGAAACUGUUACUUAAUUAAAGAGCUAUCGUGCUAACUGACUGGGACCCAGUGCUAACAGAAGCUAUGGUUGUGUUUCUGUGCCGCUUAUAAAACUGGGGGAUUUCUGACGUUUCUUCUUGAAGCAGAUAUUAUUAACAGGAGACAGUGUGAUUGAUACUAGUAUGAUGUUAUGCCAAAGCCCAGAGUCUGUCUGUUUGCUAGUUAGCUCAGAGUGUAGCUACAUUUAUUAAACAGGGUUGUUGCCCUGGCAUAAACACAGACAGACUGAGGCUCUGAGCCAAAUACACACACUGUUUCAAUCAAAUAUGACUUCAUGCAUUUAAAAAUUACAGUUGUUAAACAAAUAUUAAAGCUAAGUCAUUCAUUGCACCAGCUGCUGACAAACUGAAGUUAGUGUUAUCGUGGGCGGAGUGUGACAGGAGGUGAGUUUGAGGACCAUCAGUUUCAGAUCGGAGAGAAUAAGAAUGAUUAAGCUCUGACUAUCAGAGCAGUUUCACUUUAUUAAUGCUUUCAGUCAGGCUCAUAGUCUGUCAUUUACUGACUGCAGGGGUUACCUGCCACAACAUCAGCUACACCUGGGUGAUCCAAUUCAAACACUUACACCAGCUCUAUCAUCUCCAGGACUUUCUGAAGGCCUCCACAUGGUCAGACAGCAAAUUAUUGUCCUUUAUCUGUUGAAAAUGUGGCGAGUGUUGGUGCUGUACUGGUGCACAAUUUAUCCACCUAAUUCAGAAAACGCAUGUUAAUAGAGAGUGACUGAUUCCAGUUUUUUUUUAAUAGUUGAUACUGAUCAAGUGAGAGCGAGUUAACUGAAACAAGAAGAUUCCUGAACUUCAGUAAAAAGAUUAAAGACAUGUUUAAAUCCAUCAUUCCAUAUACAUUGAAUUAACUAUAUAAAUCAAGAUAGCGUUUCCUCAGUUAUCUGUGACAAUUUUAAGAGUCCUCAUCUUUUGUUUGUGUGUGUGUGAGCGUGUGAGUGCUGUAUGUGUUUAAUGUGGGUUGGGAGGGUGGGUGGGGUUCUGUAUUUGUACUUCUCAUUUUAUACACACACAUUUCUAGAUAUACAUCAGCACAUAAUUUAUAUUAUAUAUUCGCCAGUAACCAUUUUAGAUCUGAAGUGCUGUCAUUAGGGUUUGGUAAUAAUGUGUUCUCACAUAGAAAUGAUCUUUAAUUUUAACAUAAAAUCAUAUUUACUAAAGUUAUGCACAGUAAAGUAAAACGUAGAAAUAAAAAAAAACAUUUGUAUAAUACACAUAAAACACAUACAAAAGCCUUUUAUGUACUACCAUCUGCAAAAACACUGGAACGUAGUCCUACCAUCACUUCCCCAUUGUGACCCCCCAAAAGGCCUAACAUUGAUGUCCUAGCAAGUUGUUGCACAUGACAUGCUGAUGCACACAAAAGCUGUGAAAUGUGCCUUUAACUGGAAUACUUUUUUUUUUCUUCCCCCCCACAGGUGUGUUUUACCUGAGAGGAUUUAUGAAGAAGAGUGAGUGACCUGAACAUCAGCCAUGGGGAAGAGGAGGGUUCCAGAUCUGUACCGAGCCCCCUUUCCCUUGUACUCUGUUAAAGUGGACCCUAAAACUGGGCUGGUGAUCACGGCAGGAGGAGGCGGGGCCUCAAAGACUGGCAUCAAAAAUGCUGUGGUAAUAUUUUGAGCUUAUCUGUCACACAGCCAACCCUCUCUGCUGGCUACAGUAUUAUCUUAAAGAGGUUUUCAUGCACGUUCAUUGCUGCAUGUUCAUAGUAAAUAUGUGAUUUAUUUUUAGUCUUCUAACCAGCAGCAGAAUCAUACCAUGUGUGUUCAAUCAUGUGUGUUUCAGCACUUCCUAGACCUGCAGCUGGUCAGUGAACACUCGUACUCUGCCACCUUGCUUCACUCUCAUGACACGGAAACUCGGGCCACCAUGAACAUGGCGGUAGGCGGUGGGGUGAUUGCCGCAGGGCAGGACGGGACCUGCUGUCUGCUGAGGUUCAAACAGGGAUCACAGAAAGAGGAGAGCAAAGCAGCAGCUAAAGACGGUGAGACUCACUGAUUCUACCUGAGACAUACCUGCAGCCUGCAGACAGUGAGGAAUCUCAAAAACAGCAGGGGGCACAUCUUUAUUGUUGACUUCUCAUGUUGGACAUCAUUGAAACCUUAAAGAAAAGUACAUAUACACGCUGCUAUGAAAAACAUCUAUUCAUCCUAGAGUGUGGUAGAACCUGUUUUAAAUCUAAAGAUGACUAAUGGCAGAGAAAAGACAGAUUUCUCUCCAUGAUCUUCACAUAACAAAUGUGAAGAUUAUGAGAAUAAAGUCAUAAGAUUAUGAGGGUAAAGUCCUCAUGUUAUGAGGAUGUUAUCUCGAUAUGACAAGCAUGAAGUCAUAGUAAAGUCAUAACAUGAUGAUAAUCGAGUCUAAGUAGAGUCACCUCCCUCUAUCAGUCUCUCCUCUGACCAUCUCUCUCUCUCUCCUUCUCCCUCCUCUCUGAACCCAGUUCAGUCUCAGCAGAUGACUGUCUAACAUGAUUCUGGUUCUGCUUGAGGUUUCUGCCUGUUGAAGGAAGUUCUUCCUCUCCUCUGUAGCUUGAUAAAUGCUGUAAAGUGUUUCACUCAUGGUUGAAGAUGGGAUGGGAGUGGGUCUGAUUUCACAGGAUGGGGCUCAGUCUGCUCCCAUCUUUACAUUGAGUCUUUGUAAACAGAGUCUGGUCUUUUUUGUGAAGCAUCUUGAGAUAACAUUUGUUGUGAAUUAGUGAAACCUCUCCCUCCUGUUCCUGAUGUGUCCCUGAUCUGGUAAAUCUCUGUCCUCUUUGUUCAGUAGGAAACAAUGUGCAGAAAGGAAACACUCGAAGACGACCAGGGAAAGGAGACAGAGGACGGGACGAAGCUGCAGCAUCAGGAGACAAGUCAGACACGAAGGAUGAGACAGCUCAGAUCUCUGUGAGCACUCUGGCUGAAGUCCAGUCUGACCUGAACCCCCAGGACCCGCUCCAGAAGGUGGUCCGCUUCAGUCCUGACCAGAGCCUGCUGCUGACAGGAGGCACUGACGGACACAUCCGAGUGUGGGAGGUAAAGACUGGACGUGUGUUAUUCUUAUUGUAGGAGUCUAGCUGUGUUUGAGUGCCAGGUACUGGUGCUCACCUGCUGCAGGAUGAGUUAUUUCAGGACUAAGCAUCUCAGUUCAGUGAAAAGUGAACUUCUUCCUUCUGAAAAGUGGAUAUCCUUGUCACAGUUCUGACCCUCUGUUUGACACUUAGCCUGAAAAUGCACCUUUUGGCUACAUGUAAGACAAAAGUUUGGAGGACCUUCUCUGGAUUUCAGACCCUGAUUAUGCAUGACAUAUUGUGAUUAAUGUUGAGUAGUUUUGAUGUUUUUUUUGGCCUUUUUAAAGGGAUAUUCCGGCAUAAAAUUAAUUUAGGGUCAAACACACCGUAACACUGAGUUAGACACCCCCUUGAGAGAUGAAUGUCGCCGACCGCUUGCUUCUCUAGUUAUACCAACUUUAGUGACAACCAAACAAUAGCAAUACAAAGAGCCACGCGCUCAACCAAAAAGCCACUCUAUAACCACAAAUAAUGCUCAGAACAGCACCUAACUUCAUCAACAGUACAUAAAGGGUCCCAGCCAUAGUACUAGCCACCAAACAUCUUUUUAGCUUUGCCUGAUUUUUUUUAGCAAAACGACUAAACACAACUCACCCACUCUCCUCCAGCAGCCACUUGUUUGUAUGGAGACCUCUGACUAGUCCAUUACCGACUACAGCGGGGUGGCGCAGCUCAAGGAAGAACAUUUAUGAUCAUUACUUUAGGAUUUCCUUGAAGUAAUAAUCAUCAGCAAUAAUCAAUAUUAAUAAUUUUGCACUGCAGACGCGGAAGUUCUUCUGCCUUAGCAUCUCAGUCUGAUUGCAAUUCCAUGAAGAAAUUAUCAUAAAUGUUCUUCCUUGGGCUGCGUCACCCUGCUGCAGUCAGUAAUGGACUAGUCCAAGGUCUCGAUUCAAACAAGCGGCUGCUGGAAGAGAGUGGGUGAGUUGUGUUUAGUCUCUUUGCUAAAGAAAUCAGGCAAAAACUAAAAAGAUGUUUGGUGGCUAGUACUAUGGCUGGGACCAUGUUCUGAGCAUUAUUUAUGUCUAUAGAGUGGUGUUUUGGUUGAGCAAGUGGCUCCUGAGUCCGCUGUGUAUUGCUAUCGUUUGGUCGUCACUAAAGUUGGUAUAACUAGAGAAGCAAGCAGUCGGCAACAUUCAUCUCUCGGGGGGGCUUCUAAUAACGUGUUACGGUGUGUUUGACCCUAAAUUAAUUUCACGCUGGAAUAUCCCUAUGAGCAGGUGCAUGAAGAAAACAGGAAACUAAAAACACACUUUACCUUCCUGACUGUGUCUGUGUGUCCCUGACUCCCUUCAGUUUCCGUCUCUAAAGAAGAAGUUUGACUUUAAAGCUCAUGAAGGAGAGAUUGAGGACCUGGAUAUGAGUCCAGGGAACAAGGUGAGUGUCUGACCUCAGGCUCUACACAGUGACAGGCGUGCUGGCUGACUAGUCAAUAACUGUAUGUUGUGUUUGAUGCAGCACCUGGUGACAGUGGGUCGGGACUUCUCCUGCAGUGUGUGGAGUGGAAACCAGUUAGCCAUGGGUCUGAGGUGGUUUGAAACUGUGCCGAACAUGGCUGAGAAGACGUAUCGGUACAUGGCCUGCAGGUAAACAGAUUAACUAACAAACAAACAAACAGUCUCUUUGUCUGUGAAGAAUAAUAAAGAGACCUUCAACGUGCUCCUGUGUCACAGGUUUGGGAAAGUGGAGGACCAGAAAGACGCUCUGAGGCUCUACACAGUCCAGAUCCCCCACAAACGGGACAGAAAACCUCCGCCAUGUUUCCUCACCAAGUGGGAUGGGCGGAGCUUCCUGCCAAUGCUGACGGCGACCUGCGGCUCUGAGGUCAUCUCCAGCCUGGCUGUCAGGUACCUGAUAGGUUCAUAGUAUCGCCUGAUAACAUGGAGGUACAGACUGGUUUAGAUUAUUGUAAUCCCCUUUCUACUUCCUGUUAUAACUGCCUGAAUCAAUCAUCACUUCUCUGCCUACAGUCAGUUCAAAUGCAGCCGUCAGAUUAUUACCUUAAAGCAGCCGUCAGUCCCACAUCCCCCCUGUUCUUUGCUUCCCUCCUCUGGCUCCCUGUUACAUUUCAAAUGAACUCCAUGGUUCUGUUUAUUACUGACAGAGCACCGCAUGGUCCAGCCCCUAGUUCCAUUCUGACCUCCUCCCUCCAUAUUCCAAACCAAUAUUUACUUCCUUACCUUCUCACAGUCAUGAAACCAUUUCCGACAUAGAGAAGAUCAUUAACGCACAUAUCUACUGGAUAAAAAUACUACAAGUUUUAAAACAGACUUAAACUCACAAACCACACUUAAAAAGAUAUCUAAGUAAUGCAACAGAACAGCAGUGAGUCAAAGGAUUUAGAGUGCAGCUUAGUUUUCCUCUAGUGAUGCGAGUUACGGCUCUCUUUAGUAAUCUGGAUCAUUCAACUCAGCUCACCAAGUAGAGCCGGCUCUUUCGGCUCCCAAACGACUCUUCAUUUUAACACCUGGACAUUUUCUAUUUCAGCCAAAUUGGGCGUUGAUUGGCUUAUGAUAAUUACGUAUGUGUUUACAUACCUCUCAAAUAAUUCAAUACAUCCUUUGUACUCUAGUAUUUACAGACCCUUGUAACUCUCUGAAACCACCCAAAGAAUGCACUGACUUGAUUGCAGAACCACUCUGCGACACAAAGCAGAUAGACACGUCUUGAAAAAAAUAAUCAUAGAAAUAAAAAAAGGACAGCUAUUGAGAUUUUCAAUAUUUAUUUAAACACAAAUAAUCAAAUAACAUAAUAAAAAGAAAUAUCUGUAUUGCAAUGAACAGAACAGCAGCAUUUAACAGUUUUAGGUAUCUAUUUGAACUGACCACCAUCAAGAACAAAAAACACAACAGCAAAGUAAAUCAGAUAUAAAACAGAAAAAAAAGAGUGUAAAUAAAGGACUGCUCACGGACGGGAGCCGGCUCCCAUUGUUUAUGUUAAAGAGCCAGCUCUUUGAACCAGUUCGUUCCCGACUGACACAUCACUAUUUCCCUCCAAAUCCAGCUUCAUUGAAAUGAGUGUUAACAUGUAUGUAAGGAAGAGCAAGAUGAAAGAGAUCACAUGGACUCAGUUUAGCAGAUACACAGAGCUGCAGGUGAAAGGUCACCUCAUUAACAUGUUAGCCAGCCAACAAUGAUAUGUAGGGAGAUAUUGAGGUAAUGUAAAAUAAACAGCCUGUACCAGAGCAGGCGUCAGGUGCUUCGGUUUUUUAGGACCUGAAGGGUCAAGAGAUGGUCUGAAUCAUUGAUGAUCAUUCCUUUUAUCUAAUAGACGUUUGUCUUCGUCUCUCCUCUCUCGCUCUAUCACAGUGACUCUGGAACAUUCCUCGGUCUGGGAGCUGUGACAGGGUCUGUGGCCAUUUACAUCUCCUUCUCCCUGCAGGUAAACUUGACACUCAUUUUGACGUAGUCAGCAUUAUAUCAGCGUCAGGCCCCACAAGGUUGAUAUGUCUUUUGUCUCUCUUGAAUUAAAUAUAUAAAUUCUGUCAUGGUGUGUAGAAUAAUACAGUUUUAUAUGAUGUUUGACAUGUUCAUUAGCAGUGCUCUGGACUUUUGCUGUUUUUAUCCAUCCAUUAAAAAUCCAUCAAAACCAUGUUGCUAGCUGAGAUAACCAUGCAUUUUUGAUUUUAAUUCAUAUGGAUUAAUAGAAAUUUUACAUGUUGUCCUUUUUUUACUUUGGACCCCAAUAUUUAUCUUGUGUUUUUUCUUCUUUGAUGAAUUCAGACAGCUAGAUGACAAUCCUAAAGACUGUUGCUGUGGCGAUACUUUACUGAGCCAAAUGUUGUCUCCCCUGCUGUUACAUUGUUCUGUCAGAAGAAAACAACAACAACAAUGACAUAUCAGCACUAUUAAUUGGCAGCCUGCUCUCUUGUUAUUAGUAUCAGCCACUAAUACAAACUAACCUGUGUGCUUUGCGGCAUGCUGAGAACUCAUUCUGUGUGUUUGUGUGUCCCUGUGUGUGUGUGUGUGUUUUUGUGUGUGCAGAAGCUGUACUACGUGCAGGAGUCACAUGGUAUCGUGGUGACUGACCUGGCCUUUCUUCCUGAACAUAAACACAUCAGAGGAAAGAACGAGACAGCCAUGCUGAGUGUCGCUGUGGACAGCCGCUGUCAGGUCCACACUGUAGCCAACAGGAGUGAGUACUACACCAUCACCAUCAUCAUCAUCUUCAUCAUCAGUGAACACACUCUGGUGGUAUCUCAUCAAAUCCUCCCAUGUCAUCUUCUGUUGGGAUGUUGAUUUUUUACUUUCUGAUGGGGUUCUAGGUUUCAGCAGGAAAGUGUUGUAGUUUCUGUUGUGGUCUGAGUAGAACUGACUUUUCAGGUGUCAGCAGGAAAAACUGUAUGGAGAGUAAAAGCAGGAGGAACACAAUCCAACAUAAUCCGAGCUCCCUUCGGCAUUAGUCUGAGGAGGAUUUCUUUCUCUGUAAAAAGAACGGUGUGCAUGGAGGUCAGCUAACGAUCUGAUACAGAUCAAAAGUUUACACUGAGACUCUAAUCCAAUUGAUGCUGAGUCACCAAAAACAACCUGACUUCAGAUUUCCUGACUUCCCUAAAUGCAUCAGAAAUGAUGGAUCUGGCCUCCAUUCAAAAAACAUACAGAGUUUUCUACUCCUCUUGAGGGCAGACUUGACAAAGCUGGACUUUUGACUUUUUACUAAUCUGCAUCAUGAUUUUAUUUGGAGACCUGUUAAUAAGGAGAACAUCACAAGAACAUCAGUUUGUGUUUCAGGUUUAUACUGCUGAGAGACUAUUUACAGAGAAACUGAGACUCUGUACAGACAGAUGAUCAGAAGACUAGUGGCAUUUCUCUUGUAUUCAUCUCAGAAUAGAUCCAAUCUCUGUCUCUUUUCUUCCCCUCUAGGGUCGUUUCCUGUGUGGCUUGUUCUCUUCUUCUGUGGUGUCAUGGUGGUCGGGAUUGUCCUCCUCCUGCAGCAGCUCUUCCCAGGAUUCAUUUAAACCCUGCAGGCCCUCUCACAGCGCAGGGCAGUUGGAGCCCGAAUGAUCACAGCUCCAAUUACCAGUGAGGAUCUACCUGCUGCAGCACAGGCCCCGCCCCCUCAGGUCAACUCAGGGUCUCUGCUCUUGGACGUCUGAAACCAGGAUGAGUGGAUGGAGUGUGGGAUUUUAUGAUGUGUAAAUCGAAGUGAAACAUCUUGUGGCGUGUGUAGCAUCCUGUUGAGGGUUCAGGGUGAUGAAUGUUUAAAGGGGAAGUUUUUUUAUCCACGUAUUUAAGGAACAAUAUAAAAACAGAGGAAUGAUUGACACGUCAUGUGUCUGAUUUAGUGUUUGUUUACACUUUGAAUGAGAGCAUCUCUGGAUGAGUUUUUGUUUUAUUCAUGGGGGGCAGCAGAGAGCAGCAAGUCUUCAGUCCUUAUUUUAACAAGCGGGUUCAAAUCAGUUCUUUUUAAAUGUAAACUUCCAGAUGGACCUGUUCUGACUCUGCCCAAUAUCACAUGAAGAUUGAAAACACAGAAGAGUUUAAAAUAAGGAGCAGAAAUCAGACGUGGUGAAUGAGAUGUUAGUCUGUCAGAGUUAUUUUACUGCAGUAAGAGCGGUUUAUUACUUCCUUUUUAUGAAGGCAAGUCACCUUUAUUCUUUUUAUUUAACAUCCUGACUGCAGAUUUAUUCCAGCAGAUGUACAAAAUGUGAAUGAUUUUUUUAAAUGCCCUUAUUAUUGUGACUAACACGGUGAAUGAAAGAUAAAAUAAAAUAUGAAUAAGAGAGAAGAUUUAAAAA